AUGAUGAAUGCAGCAGCAAAUAUCAUCCAAGACAAGUUGGGUGCACAUCCAACAGCAGCCUCGAAUCAAGAUACGCAAAAUACGGAACCAGGUGAAAAGAUGUUGGCGUGUGUUUGGCUUGGCAAGGAGCAAUUGGAGAUGCAGCAAGUGGGAGUUCCCGCUUUGACGGAUCCGGAGGAUGCCAUUAUUAAGAUUACGGGCACAACCGUGUGUGGCUCUGAUCUGCACUUGUACCAUGGGGAAAUCAUGCAACUCAAGAAGGGCGAUAUUCUUGGACAUGAGAUGAUGGGUAUUGUUGACAAGGUCGGAGAAGGUGUCACGCAUGUGAAACCUGGCGAUCGUGUUGUAGCUGCUUUCAAUGUUGCAUGUGGUCGAUGCCGAUAUUGUCAAAAAAAGCUGUUCACCUCUUGUGAAGCAACCAAUGACAGCACGCUGCAAGAGAAAUUGUAUGGUCAACGUACAGGUGGCAUUCUUGGUUACUCACAUUUUGUGGGUGGAUUUGCCGGUGGCCAGGCCGAAUAUGGCCGUGUUCCAUUUGCCAACACUAACCUGCUCAAGGUACCCGAAAAACUACCUGAUGAAAAGGCUCUUUUCCUUUCGGAUAUUGUUCCCACGUCCUAUCAUGCUGUAUACGAAGCUGGUGUGCAAGAAGGUGACACUGUCGGCAUUUGGGGCCUUGGCCCUAUUGGUUUAUUGGCAGUACAAUGGUGCCGCAAAGUGUUCAAAGCCAAACGUAUCAUUGCCAUUGAUGAUACCGAGGCCCGUUUGCAUUUGGCAAAGUCGUAUUGGGAUGCUGAAACAAUCGAUUACUCAAAGGAAAAAGAUGUCUCUGCCAAAAUCCUCGAGCUUGUCCCCGAAGGUUUGGAUCGUGCUAUCGAUUGUGCUGGUUUCAGAUUCACAAAAUCGCUCCUUCACAAGUUUGAGCAUGCUGUUGGCUUGGAAACGGAUUCUCCAGAGGUGCUAAACGAGGCUCUGCGUGCUACCAGAAAGUUUGGCACUAUUAGCAUCAUUGCUGAUUACGCUGCUUACACAAACCAUUUCUUGGUUGGGGCUCUUAUGGAAAAGGGCGUUCGAAUGAUUGGAUGUGGGCAAGCUCCUAUCCAGCGUUAUUGGGAGACGUGUCUCAAACACAUCGACAAUGGAGAUUUUGAUCCAACAGCCAUCUUGACCAAUCGUUUCCCCUUGGAGCAAACGCCUGAAGUUUAUAAGCGAUUCGACCAAAGGGAAGGUGGCGUCAUCAAGGUGUUCAUUGCUACCAAGUUUUCAAAUGAAGAAUCUCCUGGUAGUCCUGCUCUUGAAGUGUAA